GCGCGCAAUGCAAAACGAACGAAUGGCGACAGGAAGAAAUCCAAACACACAAGAAGCCCACUCCUGCAACGCAACAACACCACCACCACAACUUGUGGCAGUCAGUGGCUUGUGUUGUGUGAUGGCGAGGGGGAGAUGGCUGGUGCUGCGCGUGGCCGUGGUGGCUGUGCUGGUGGCGGUGGCAGGGCUGGCUGUGCUGUGCCCUGUUCAAGAGGCGCAGGGCGCAAAGCACAUCCCAGGGCUGUAUGACGGCGACAACAUGAUCGUGCGCCUGGACGCAGACAGCAUGGCGCACGUGCUUGGCGGCAGCGAGCGGCAGGGAGGCAGCAAGGCAGUGGCCAACGCAGGGCAGCGGCGUGGCGCACAGGCUGCGUGGCUGGUGGAGUUCUACGCCAGCUGGUGUGGCCACUGCCAGAACUUUGCGCCUGCGUGGCGGACGCUGUCGCAGCGGCUCAACACGUGGCGUGAGGUGCUGGUGGUGGGCGCGAUCAACUGCGGCGACGAGGCAAACAAGCGUGCGUGUCAGCGACACAACGUCACGGGAUACCCGACCAUCAAAGUCUUUCCACCAACCGCAUCCAACCCAGGCGAUGCCGUGACCAUUCAGCGGGGAGACAUUUCGUUCAUGGAAACACAAGUGGCCGAGCUCCUCCUUCCUUUCCUUUCAGAUCAACCACGCCUCGAGCCCUUCAGAUCGGUCGAGCAAGUCGUGGAAGCGUCUCGGGAAGAGCCCAUCCCCUUUGUCACCAUCAUCGAGUCUCCAGCCAGCAACGUCGGCCUCCGCCUCACCCUCCACUUCUGGUCUGCCCCCAGCGUUGCCCGUGUCGUGCGUGUUCACAGCGAUGGCGAUGAUGACCAGCAGCAGGCCGAGGGACAACCAGAAGCAUGCGACGUGCAUGUGUACAAGAGCGGGGAACGAAUCAGCGAGAUUGGGUGCGACGCCGAUACCAAGACGGAUGUUGUUGGUCUCAUCCUCAACGAACUCACAGAAAGACUCGGCCUGCGCCUGCCACGCCUCGACCACACCAUGCCGCCAACGGCAUCGCAGCCGCCCGCACACGAGCGCGCCGCGUAUUUCAAACACCCGCACGCGUCGGACCUGAGCACAACGCUGCACCACAUGCUGGCUGUGGAGGUGGCGAGCAGAGAGAAGAUGGGCGCUAAAGAGGUGGCAGUGCUGCGGGCGAUUGCACGCGCAGCAUCAAACCUCCCGCUCCCAUCACAGAUCACAACAAGCACCGCCCGAAUUGCCAGCUGGCUGGAGGCGCGUGAUGCGGUGUCACGCCGCACGUGGCAGGAACUUCUCGAGCGCUAUCCGCUGCUGGUCGAGCAGGGCCACGGCUGGCGGCAGUGCCAAGGGUCCCAGCCACACUACAGAGGGUUCAGCUUCUACGGCACGAUCGUAGUGGAGGACGCCGAGUCUCCCAAACCAAAGGCGGGGCUUCACAGGGCACAGCGCCGGCAGAAGCAAGACGGAGCAGCAGAGAAGCGUAGGGAGGGGAUGGAUGAUGAGGGUGAUGGCGCAAUGGAAAAAGAUGGCAACGUCAGAGGUGAGUCAGUCGGCAAGCAGCAGCAGCAGCAGCAGCAUGGGGGUGUUGAGCGGUUACGACCGCAGCUGCGACAGCAAGAGGUGAUGAGAGACCUGAAAGACAGUGCGGAGGAUAAGAAGAUGAUGAUGCCCGACAUGCUGCUGCAGUCCACUCAGCGCAGCACGCACCUGCUGCUGUUGUACAGUGCUCUGAUUGUGGCGGUUGCAGGGGCUGUGGCGUGGUUGGUGGUGUUCCGACGCACGAGUGCGCAGACGUACAAGGCUAUCAAGCAAGUCUAGGAGGAGGGUAUUUCCACAAGAGUAGGCAACCACCGUUCUUGUUCGCGUGUGUUGUUGUUUAAGUUGUUGUUUAAGUUGUUGUUGUUGUUGUCGUCGUCGUCGUCGUCAGUGUUGGUGUUCGCGUGUGAAGGUGCUGUUGUAUUGGGUUCAGGCAAGCAGGCUAUGAAUGAACCAGGGAAGCAACCCAUCCUGUGCAUUGCGUGCUCGCUGGUGUUGUUUCGGCCUUGUUGCAACCGCUGUUAUUCCGGUUAUUUGC